GAGGCCCCUUGACCUGCAAUGGUGUUGUGGUUAGUGCUGCAGUGUGUCGGGAGUCUGUGGAGGAGGUGGAGAGUGGGAGAGGGUUUCAUAGUGAGGAAUGGUGUUGAUUAGGGUUGCUGAAGAGGGCUGUGCUCAUAUUACAUAGAGAGGGUAGGGGAACAAUGAUGUAUGUAAUCGCUCACUGGGAGGACACGGUCAAAACAUAAGGAUUGUCACACAAGACACGUUUGGACUCUAUUUUUUUUUUCAUACAGUGAUCUGAAAUCCCCCAAGGUGAAGCGAUUAGCCAGCAGUACACGUGAUAGAGAGGAUUAAUGAUGACUGGAAUCUGAUUUCUCGUAUCCUAAACAGAGCUUGGUGCACACAUAAAUGCUUCGUUGAAAAAAAAAAAGACUGCCAGGAAAUUCGAAAAGCGACAAAGAACAAGCACCAUAACUGCCGUCAUGCUUCCAACAACUGCAGCCCGGAUUACUUCUUAGAAUCAUGUUUCUCAGAUAUCAAUACGGGGAAAAACUAGGUGCACCCCGACACUAAACGUCUGAGAUUUUGUUUUGCAUUAAUAUAGGCCUAAAAACUAAACAAAUAAAAAAAAAAAAAAAAAAAAAAAAAAAAAAAAACAACGUUGUUAGCUCUGUCUUUAUCAUUGGGACAAAGGAAAAACAGCAGCUUUAACUGGUCGCCCGUGUCUGUACGUGUUGUUUUCGAGUUUAUCGUAUUUUAUAGCGGUCGCAGCAACACUACUCGUUGGCAAUCAUGUUUGCAGUGCGAAUAGUCACGGCUGAUUACUACAUGGCCAAUCCUUUGAAGGACCUGGACGUUUGUUAUUCCGAGUUCCGAGAAAACGAGGUGAAGAGAGUGCCGGUGGUCCGCAUCUUCGGAGCAACACCCGCAGGCCAGAAAACUUGUCUCCAUUUACAUGGCAUAUUUCCCUACGUCUAUGUUCCAUACGAUGGCUACGGGCGGCAGCCAGAGCGCUACCUACGGCAGGUGGCCUUUAGCAUCGACAGAGCACUCAAUGUUUCCAUGGGAAACCCUUCCUCCAGCGUUCAGCAUGUAUUCAAGGUGUCACUGGUGUCGGGAAUGCCUUUCUAUGGAUACCAUGCAAAGGAGAGGCAGUUCAUGAAGAUUUACCUUUACAAUCCCUUGAUGGUCAAGAGGGUUUGUGAGCUGCUGCAAGGAGGAGCCGUCAUGAAUAAGAUCUACCAGCCUCAUGAGGCGCACAUCCCUUACCUCCUGCAGCUCUUCAUCGACUACAACCUGUACGGCAUGAACCUGGUCAACCUCGGAGCCGUCAAGUUCAGAAAGAGCCAGAGAAAAGAUGAUGCUGGAGGAGGGACCCCCAAAGAUGGCUCCAUUAACAGCAGUUUCAAAUUAAAACGCAGCAUGUGGAGGAGUCCUUCAACUUCAAAAGUCCAGCUCUCAGAUUCUACCCUGGGGGGAGCCUCUGUACGAUGGGAGGAGGAAGCCAUACCGAGCUCCUUGGUCCUGGAGGGGGUUGAGAAGCACAGCACUUGUGAGCUGGAAGCAGAUGCCGUAGCAGCAGAUAUCCUCAAUCGCCUGGAAAUGGAAACUCAGAUUGGCAGAAAUCCUGGUUUGCAAGCCAUUUGGGAGGACGAGAAACAGCGGAGACGGGACAAAAAUGAGUCUUCUCGAAUCGAAGCGUCCGAUUCACAAGAUCGAGGAUUUGUUGCCUCUACUGAAAGUGAAAGAAACUUUCUGAAGAGACUGAAGGAGAUUUUAAGGCAGAAUGACUUCUCUGUCUCUCUAUCGGAGUCUGUGGAGGACGAUGAACAAUCUGACAUGUUUCCUUUGGAGCUGUCGCUGCAUUCAGAUUUUCUUACCCCUGAAGCCCUUCAGUGCACACCAGCCAACCUAGUGGAAGUGCACAAGGACAGCCAGCCAGUUGUUUCUUUUCCAGAAACCAAGAAAAUAACAGCAGAUGAAGUUGCUAUCGUUGACGAAAAGGCCAUUUUGAGCCUGCUGGAGAGCAGUCAGACCUUCCAGUCUUCUCAAAGACUUAUUCAGACUUCCAUUCUAGAGAGCAGUCAGGACCAUGCCUUGGUGCACUUACUGGCUGGCCUGGAGGAAGACGGGUACCAAGCUGAACAGCCCAGGAAUUCAUCCCAGCAGCGGCUCUCUGAGAGCUGCAGCCAGCCACAGAACAGCGACGAUGAGGAGGCGGAGCCAGAGCUGGAGAAAGAGGAGGCGGAGCUCAGCCUGGUGAUGUCACAGAGAUGGGACAGCGACGUUCCAGACUAUCAUUUCAAACACAGGCUCCCUGGUACAAACGUGAAUGACAGCUCUAGCAGCGAGGAGCAGGACUUUUCAGAGGAGGAGAUGGACUGGAGCGGGAAGCUUUCGCUCUUCACCAACCUGUCUAUCCCUCAGCUGGACGGGGCUGCCGAUGAAAACAGCGAUGCAUCAUUAAACGAAGAAGGCUCCAGGACACAUUCAUCGUUAUCCGCCACUGACAAGAUUCUUGGAAAAAGAAAUCCAUUUCCCAAUGAAAGCGUCCCACUGGAACACCCAUCCUCUGCUAAAAAUGUGUUGGAUUGCAAACACCUGGAGCCCCGUCAAGCCCAUUCUCUCAACAAAGAGGACCCAACAGAGAAGCUCUUUCUGUUAAAAAGCUCUGCGAUCCCAGACAACCAGCCAGACCCCUCCUUGUAUGAGAUCAGUAAAGAAAGUACUUGUACAUUUAGAUACCCUGCCACUUGUAACAUCACCCCCAAGACUGAAAACUCCCACACAGAAGCUGAUAAAAUGGACAUGCCUUCCUUCUAUUCCUAUGAGAAGGGCAUUAGCAACCCUGUACUAGAUAGCACAACAUUUGAAAACAGUAAGCCUCAAAGCAGAAAGAAAUGCAUCAGCAUUAAAAGCCCUGAAAAGGGGAAAAUCUCCAUUCUCCAGAACCACAGGAGCUUUUCACUUUGUUAUUCCGAGAUGAGGAACUCUCCCGCCAAAGCUGAACAAGAGAUUCAUCAGAAAGGAGGCAAUAGUUUUUCAUCAAGAAAGAGCAGCCUGAUGCCAAGCCCAGUGGGAGAUGAUGGUUCAGUGGAACCACAAGGGGGAGAUGCUGGGAAAACUUACAAGGAGGGAGGUUUGGGUGAGCUAAAGAUAAGGUAUGAGGACUAUCAAGAGAACAAGACCUCAAAAGCAAUUGGUAAUCAGCAAGAUGCCCACUAUAAGUUUUUCCCCAGUGUGAUCCUUUCUAAUUGCCUAAAUCGACCAACCGCCAAGUGUGUUGGCAAGCCUGGAAAGCUGGACCAAGGUGAGAGACGGUCAAGGCUAAAACUAAGUAAAAAGAAGACCAAUGUGGCAUGCCAGCAGGCCAAGAUGAGUGCAAGUGAAAGCAUAGAAACUGACUCUAAGGAGGUUCCUUGCACACUGUUGAAGACUCCUAGCACCCAAAGUGCUGAAAAGGAGCUUAAUUCAUCACUGGGCUCUGUUGAUACAGGAACUUCUACUAGUUCCUCUUCUUCUACAACUACGAUGACUACUGCUGCUUCAGUUGCUGAGACUGCUGGAGAUAACAAGCUUGCUCUGCCGAGUCACACACAAUGUCCUGCACAACUAGGCCCAGCACAGCCUUCAGGUUGGCCUGGGAGCAAAUACACGUUAAGAGCAAAGCGCAAGGUGCGCUAUGAGAGAGAGGACAGUGAACCCCGUGCAGGCUCCCAGCACUCCAAGUUUGCCCUGAUUCCAACAGAAACCUUAAAAGACAGUUGCAUUCUCAGUGGUCUUGACCCAAAGUCUCGAAAGCGCAGGAAGAUGUCGAAUAAGGAGCCCCCAAUUAUCAUUAAGUACAUCAUCAUAAACAGGUUUAAGGGCCAGAAGAACAUGCUGGUUAAAAUGGCGAAGGUGAGUGCUGAGGAAGAGCAGGUUGUGUUGACAGCUGAAAGGCUGGACCACUAUGGAAAGUUAGCACCGGUGAAAGAAUUUUGGCCCAAGGUCCCCGAGUCAACUGCCAGUAAAUAUCCAGUUUAUUCACCAAAGGCAAAAAGGGGACAGAAACGAAAAGCAAAGGUUCAUUCAACAGCAAAGAAAAAAGCAGGUAGUUCACCGAAGGUCCGUGGCGUAACAUUAAAGAGAAUAAAAAAGACCAAACCUGUGAAAAAGCGAUUCGCAUUGGCUACACUUCCUCCGCCAUCGAUGUGCUAUAAUGCAGAAGUCAAUGACUUUACCACAGAGUACAUCGAUGUUUUGUCCAAAUUGGGUUAUCUCUCUGAGAGAAAACCCAGCCCAAUUGCAACCUCGCCUCCUCGGUGUUGGUCACCAAGUGAACCACAUGCUGAGCUACCACUAACCACUGAAGAGAAAGAUGCUUUCCCUGUUAAUGACCCACCUAGUCAGGAAGUAGGCAAGUUGACAAAGGAAAGAAGAGUUUGCAGCAGGACUUGUCUGAGGAAAUUGAGAGCGGUGACGUCCACCAGCCCCAAAAGGAAAAAAGGAAAGGUGGCUACCAAAAGUGCAGGAGAUGAGACUGCAUUAAAACACAAUCAGAAGCAGAAACCAAGCAGUUGUGGACAGAGAAGAAAAAAGAAAAGCAAUGACUUGUUGCCAGAAAGCAGCCAAAGCCUAGUCAGUGGUAAAAGAACCCGGAAAUCUUGCAAAAAAAUCCUUUCUGAAGAACGUAAUGAGCUACCUGUCAGUGGCGAGUGCAGCAGCUCUCAGGUUCUCUUUCCUGGGCAAGAAACAUCUCUCUCUGAAUAUUCAGCUGUGCAUCUCCCUUCCUCUCAAUUUCCCAUGACUAGCACUGCUCAUGGAGAUGUGUGUGGUGUAAUGGAGAUUAAUAGUAGUGUAGAGUGUGCCUUCAUUUCUGAGAGUCAACCGACCUCUGGGACUCCAACUGGAAUCCCUAGGACUUUUGAAAGAUCCACUUCUCAGAAUAACCAAGACCAGCUUGGCCAACACACACCCCAACCUUCCCAGAGUCAGUCUUUUCAUUUUUACAGUAUCAAUGAAUCCACUCAAGCAUUUGCAAUCUCGCAGACCCCCUUGGAGUUGUCGAAGACAACUGAAUUGCACCCCCAAAGUAGCUGUCUGUCAUCCAGGGUACAAAAUACCAACCUUCCGUGUUCUCCUGCCACAACACAGUCAGACCACCAUGGUUCAGAUGCCUCCUGUCAAAGCAGAUUAUUUAGUCCACAGCAGCUGCCUGGUUCUAUAAAGUCUACAGAUUUCCAUGCAGAAAUCCCAUCUCCUUUACUUUUGAGGUCCCUUCAGUCGCCUGAAGACAAGGCCCCAGGAAAAUCUUCAAGGCGUCCAUCUAAAAAGAUGUCACUUGGACCCCUCAAAAAAGCUGAUGUUUUAGGACCUGCACGGUUCACACCUAUAAGAAUAAAACCUUUACCCAGCUCCACACUCGACAGCAAGGUAGAAGCCAGAACAGAUUCUCCAUUACAUAGCUCUUCCAAGACUGGAGAGGGAUGGCCUCCUGUGACUGAACCACCAUCUGGAAUAGCUGUCUUGAAAGAACUUCUACAGAAAAGGCAGAAGAAGGUACAGGAAGGAACAGCUCUACAGGAUCCUUCCGGUACACCUCUGUUAAACACGAGUGGAUCGUGCCCCACUGGAAAGCCGGCCAAAGUCAAAAGAGCCCCAUCGUCAUCCCCUAGAAAGUCCAGGAAUCCUAAAACCCAAACCCCAAAGGAGAAGAAGCCAAGGAACCGGAAGAAAAAUCCUGCCAAGGAGGAGGAGCUCAUUCAGACAGAUUGCCCUUUAUCAGACGACAGUCCUGUGUUUCCUUCAGACCCAGGCUUCGAGAGCUGUUACUCAUUUGAGGAUAGCUUAUCUCCUGAACUCCCGCACAACUACAACUUCGACAUCAACACCGUUGGGCAGACAGAGUUUUGCAGCCUGUAUAUGGGAAGCCAGUUUGUGCUGGCUGAUAAGAACCUGCCCCACAAGUUCCUUAGCGAUGUGAUCCAGGAGCCUGUUUCUGCCUUUGCUCUGGGUCUGGAGAGUAUGGGAGACAGGUUGCCAAGUGCUAGUGAAGAGUUUCAGCAUCAUCGUGGGGCAGAGUGGUUGAGAACAGGUCCUCUUAGCCCAGACCUUUUUGACAGGUCAUCUGCAGAAAGCAGGGAAGUUCUUCAUACUCAUCUAUCUGCUUCUUUGCUUGAUUCUGACAGUGGACGAGAGCUAGCUGCUGCAAGAAUUGUGCGAAGCAGGCAGAGCAUUGAUUCAGUUAGCAAAAAUCACUGCUUUAGCCCCCUUCAGAUCUGUAGCCAAGGCUUGUUCGAUGAUGGAAAGGACCCUUUGACCUCCUUUGACCCAUUUCUACCACUUCCAUUAAACAACAUGUCUUUUGUUGAUCUUCUGGGUUCCCCUACUGAGGAUCUUGUGGAAGGAAGCGAGGCUUUAACAGCAACCCCCAGCAGUUCUCCAAGGUCGAUCAGCUCCUUGUCCCAGCUGAAAAGUGGUAGCCAUACACUGCGCAGCACAGGGGGUGCUCACAUACUGAAGCCGCUCAUGUCUCCCCCGAGCCGUGAUGAAAUAAUGUCAACACUGCUGGAGUUGGAUCUUGCAGAGACUGCUUAUCAAGAGCCAUUCUGUAGCGACCCCUCUGAUGCGCCACGAAAACCAAGGGAGAUUGGAGGGCGUGUGCUGACAGUGGAGACCAAGCUAGCAGACAAGCUGUCAGAGUUUGAAGGGGAUUUCUCCUCGGAAGGUUUGCAGUUCUGGAAGACCGCAUUCUCAGUGAUGACUCAGUCUGGCUCUCCCACCACCAACAGAGGUGGCCCUUUCGACUCUGUCAGGGGAGACAAGGAUCAGCAUCUGGCAUCCACCAACGAUCAGAAGGUGGUUUUCAUGCCCUGCAAGAGUGCGCCCAGCCGCCAGCGGGUCCAGCUGUGGUUGCAGGCCAAGAAGGAGUAUGAUCGUUGCCAGAGAGCGGGAAAGGAGAAGAACGAGGGUGAGCUGCCAGUUCAGUUGGCAGUUGUUUCAGUGGCCUCCGUGGAAGAGAUAGACAAGGGAGCUGAGGCCCACAGCAACACAGCAGUGGAUGACAAAACAUCCUCACAGUUGCCAGCAGUGCAUCCUGGGAGGGAAAGUGGCGAUCUUUCGCUGCUUCUACAGUUAUCACCUGUCACGUCGUCUGACACUCAAAACAGCCCUGGAGAGAACAGAUCCAAGCCUUUGGAAGAUUUAAGAGAAACAGGGGAGGAAGGUGAGGACUACUGUGGAAACUACAGCUCCCCUGAUUCCCCUGUUCUGCCCCCCUGGCAGCAGACCGCUUCGCCCGAAUCCAGCAGCAGGGAUUUUGACAAGGGAGAGGAGAAAGGGGAAAGGUUGGAGUUGAGAUCCCCCAGACUUCUUGAAACCCAUACAGGCAGCCUCCUUUCAAGUCAAGGUUCCCAGUUGACACAGAGAAGACAAGACAAGCAGCCGUUUAGUCCGUGCACACUUUCACACAAACCAGGGUCUGCAGGGAAAGCUAGCCCUGUCCAGCUCCACAGCACGCCAGUACACCAGAGAAGGAAAAACGAGGGGCCAUUUGAACCACUCUGUUCCACCCCUGUAACAGAGCCCAGAUCACAGAAGCUGAGCCAGCGAAGGGGCAGCAAAGCUAGCACUCUAAGAAGGGUACUCCUAACAACACAAAUUAAGAAUCAAUUUGCUGCAUUGAAUGUUCCAAAGAAAGACUCCUCGCAAAUUGAAGGACCGUCCCUCAACAAUUCUUAUGGUUUUAAAGUCAGUAUGCAGAACCUUCAGGAAGCAAAAGCACUGCAUGAGGUACAGUACCUGACUCUGUUGAGCAUGGAGCUACACGCCAGCACUAGGAGGGACCUGGAGCCUGACCCUGACUUUGAUCCUAUAUGUGCCUUAUUUUACUGCAUCACGUCUGAUGCACUGCUGCCCGACACGGACAACACUGAGCUCUGCGGGGCUAUCGUGGUGGACAAAGACUACAGCACUUUCCGGCAAGGUUCCAGAGUCACAGCGCCCCUGCUUGUAAGAUCUGGUGUCACUGGUUUGCAAGUUACCUACACUACUGAUGAGAAGCAGCUAUUUCAAGAAGUUAUCAGCAUUAUGAGAAGGUUUGACCCUGACAUCCUGCUGGGAUACGAGGUUCAGAUGCGCUCCUGGGGUUACCUCCUGCAAAGGGCCGCCGCUCUCAAUGUGGAUCUCUGCCAGCAAAUUUCACGAAUUCCAGGCGAUUGGAAAGACAAUCGUUUUUCUGCUGAGCGGGAUGAGUAUGGUGCCGACACCAUGACGGAAAUCAACGUCGUUGGACGAAUUGUGCUCAACGUCUGGAGGAUGAUGAAGUCUGAGGUGACGCUGACGAGCUACAGCUUUGAAAACGUGGCCUUCCAUGUUCUGCACCAGCGUUACCCCCUCUACACUCCCCGCGUUCUCUCUGAUUGGUUCGACAGCAAGACUGACCUCUACAGGUGGAAGAUGGUGGAUCACUACGUCAGCCGUGUGCGUGGGACCCUGCAGCUGUUAGAGCAGCAUGACCUGAUCGGCAGGACCAGUGAACUGGCCAGGCUGUUUGGGAUCCAGUUCUAUCAUGUGCUCACGAGAGGUUCUCAGUACCGGGUUGAGUCGAUGAUGCUGCGGAUCGCUAAGCCCAUGAACUAUAUCCCCGUCACCCCCAGCAUACAGCAGCGAGCUCAGAUGAGAGCCCCUCAGUGCAUCCCGCUGGUCAUGGAGCCUGAGUCUCGCUUCUACAGCAACUCUGUCGUGGUGCUGGAUUUCCAGUCUCUGUACCCCUCCAUUGUCAUAGCCUACAACUACUGCUUCUCCACCUGCCUGGGCCACGUGGAACACCUUGGGAGCCACGAUGAGUUCAAAUUUGGCUGCACAUCUUUGAGGGUACCUCCAGAUCUACUGUACCUGCUCCGCAAUGACAUCACUGUCUCUCCCAAUGGGAUUGCAUUCGUCAAGCCGUCUGUGAGGAAGGGUGUGCUGCCCAGUAUGCUAGAAGAGAUUCUCAACACCAGGAUCAUGGUGAAGCAGUCCAUGAAGGCUUACAAGCACGACAAAGCCGUCACACGCAUGCUGGACGCUCGCCAGUUGGGUCUCAAGCUCAUCGCCAACGUCACGUUCGGCUACACUGCUGCUCAGUUCUCUGGGAGAAUGCCGAGUGUCGAGGUUGGUGAUAGCAUUGUUCACAAAGCCAGGGAGACACUUGAGCGUGCCAUCAAGCUGGUUAACGAUACGAAGAAGUGGGGAGCCCGCGUGGUCUAUGGAGACACUGACAGUAUGUUUGUGCUGCUGAAGGGAGCCACCAAGAAGCAAGCCUUCAAGAUUGGGCAGGAGAUUGCAGAGGCUGUGACUGCUACCAAUCCCAAACCAGUCAAACUGAAGUUUGAGAAGGUGUAUUUGCCUUGUGUGUUGCAAACCAAGAAGAGGUAUGUGGGAUAUAUGUAUGAAAGUCUGGACCAGAAGGAUCCUGUGUUUGACGCUAAAGGGAUCGAGACGGUUCGAAGAGAUACCUGUCCUGCUGUUGCCAAGAUACUGGAGCGCUCAGUCAGGCUGCUGUUUGAGACCCGGGAUAUCAGCCAGAUUAAGCAGUAUGUUCAGAGACAGUGUCUGAAGGUCCUGGAGGGGAAGGCCAGCAUGCAGGACCUGACCUUCGCUAAAGAGUAUCGAGGCAGCAAUUCAUACCGGCCUGGAGCCUGCGUCCCAGCUCUCGAGCUUACAAGGCGGAUGCUGUCCUAUGACCGCCGUUCGGAGCCCCGAGUUGGCGAGAGGGUCCCCUAUGUCAUAGUGUAUGGAAUACCUGGAGUGCCGCUUAUUCAGCUGGUGCGGCGGCCCCUGGAGGUUCUGCAGGACCCCAGCCUGAGGCUCAACGCUGCUUACUACAUCACCAAGCAGAUCCUGCCGCCCCUGCAGAGAAUCUUCGCCUUGAUCGGUGUCGACGUCUUCAGUUGGUACCAGCAGCUGCCUCGGAUCCAGAAAGCAUCCUCAAUGGCAGGGAAUGAUGAAGCAGGUCGCAAGGGGACGAUCUCUCAGUACUUCACCACUCUGCACUGCCCAGUGUGUGACGAACUCACCCAGCUGGGAAUCUGCAGCCGGUGCCGCAGUCAGCCGCAGAACGUGGGGCUCAUUCUGCUGCAGGAGAUCCGUGACUGGGAGCACAGGCAGGAGCAGCUGCUCCGGAUCUGCAAGAACUGUACAGGCUGUGUUGAGCGCCAGGUGCAGUGUGUGUCCCUGGCUUGCCCAGUGUUAUACAAACUGUCCAGAGUGAGACGGGAGGUCUCCAAGGCACCGUACCUCCGGCAGCUUCUGAACCAGUUCUAAUCACCAUCCGCACAACCAACGUGGUGCUAAGUACAGGCGGAUUCAACACACUGAACAUUUUUAAAUGGUGCUUUUGGCUUAACCUAUCGGGUUAUUAUUUUUAAUUUUUGUUGUGUGUGUUUUUGCAGAUGGGUAGGGCAGAUGGCUCACCAGCUCUUAACAAGAAGACAAAAAAAGGUUUUUUAAGCUGUUUUGAAGUUCUGAUAAUUUGCUGAAUUAUUAUUAUUAUUAUUGUACCUUGCUGCUACUUUUGUGGAUAUGCCUUCUCCCAGCCCAACAUUAAGGUCUUACCAUUUUGAAUAUGCAAAGGUUUAUGUUGGUCACAGACUAAAAAGGUCUUUGUACACUACUUUUUAUUAUUUUUAUUUUUUAACAAAUGCGCUGUAGCAAUUUGUAAAUGCAAAACUUUGGAGUCUUCUAAUUAAGUGAGCGCCUUCUAACCCACUAAUUAACCACUGUUUAAAGUUAGUCUUUUCUAUAAAUGUGAUACAGAAAGCUUUGU